GGACAGCUGACCUUCAGGGAUGUGGCCAUAGAAUUCUCUGAGGAGGAGUGGGGACUCCUGACCGACACUCAGUGGCAACUGUACCUGGAUGUGAUGUUAGAGAACUGUGGACACCUCCUCUUCUUGGGUCUCCUUCUGUCAAAGCCAGACCUGAUUAUAUAUUUGGAGCAAGAGAAGCAGCUCUGGGAUGUGAAGAGAAGGGAGACGGGAGACUUCCAUCCAGGUAGGUGGGAAUGA